AUGAAUAAUCCCAGCAUUCCUCCUUCAUAUUCCUCUAUCAUGACGUCUCACAGUCCCUCUACUGUCCAGGUUUCACCAUCCUAUGGUCAUUCGAUGCAUUCAAUACCUCCCUCAAAAAAGUCUGCAGGAAGAAAGAUGGGCAUCCUUAGGGCCGACUCUGGAAUCGCCAUCAAACCGGAUACAAAAAACGCAAUCCCAAACCCAGAUCAACUCAACAGCUCAUCCAGCGCGCCCCCAAAAGAAGACCCAACCGACAUCACCCCUACCGAUACUCCUGAUGUCACAUCCACCUUCAACAUGAACGAUAUAACCAACUUGAUCUCAAAACUCGAUCAACUCAACACUCAUUUCCGCGCCAUUCUUACACCAAUUCCAGGUACUCCCAUAGCCUAUCUCGAUGAUUCCACCUCCACUUGUGAGCUCUCUACAGGGGACAACCCCCCAUCUACUUUUGUAGGGGAAAACGAACAAGAAGACCCCUUUGAUGCUUUUGCCGAUACUACUGGAGCCACAGUCGCGAAUGGUAUGAGCGGCACAAUCUCAAAGAUAGAUCAAAUCCUCGAGCAAAUCAGCGUUAUCCGCCAUAUUACCUCUAGCAUGUCGUCAUCUCUUGACGACUUUCUUCUCAAAGAUUCUAUCAUUCCAGAAAGUAACAUAGAAAAAGGAAAAGGAAAAGGAAAAGAAGGAGAGAGAGAACAAACUCCCGUCCCCCCACCAUCUCCCCCAAUCUCCCCUCCGCCUCCCAUCCUCCCUCUUCUCCACCCGCAGAACACAUCGAGCACGGCGACCAUCUCUGAACGUCUGCGCCGCACAAACCGUCGCAUGAAAAAAAGAAAGGAAAAGGAAGAACAAACUCCCAUCACUUCCAAUCUCCUCUCAGCCCCCUUUCCCCUCGCUUCCCCAUCCCUAGAACAAACUCCCACCCAGCCCACCACUCCCAUCAUCUCCUCCGAUUUUCCCCCCUCUUCCCCAUCCCCAGAACGUAUCCAUCGCCACGCGCGAACACUGCAAUGGAUCUCUGAACUCGCACUUCCACAGAAAUCAAGUCAUACGGGUUAUCGAGCACUCGCCAUUUUGUUAUUUCUGCAACGCAAAAUCAGUCUUAUGAAAGAACAGUCGAAAGACGGGUCCUCGCUCACUCCGACUUCCGAUGUGUUAGAUCCCUAUUAUUGGACCCUGAGGGAUGCGAUUACGUUCGCGUGUCCUUUGUCUUCUGAACCCGUCGAAAAUCCCAUCUCCGCAUCGCCGAAAGAAAAACACCCCACCCAUCCUCACCCCCCAAAAGAAGAAGCAGAACCAAUUUUAGCAGGACCAUAUAGCGAGCCCUCGAUGUCCAGACCCUCGACAUCCAAACCCUGGAUAUGCAGACCCUCGAAAAGAGAAGCAUCUAGAAAUUCUGAACAGGUUGAAGGAUUGGAAGGAGAGAAAGAAGGAGAAGAAGGAAAAGGGGAGGGGGAGAAAAAAGGUAAAUUAACUAAACCCAAAACCAAGAACAGCGAUACAGAUACAAUCCCCCCAGCCCAGAAACCCAAAUCAAAACCCAAAUCAAAAUCAAAAUCAAAAUCAAAAUCAAAAUCAAAAUCAAAAUCAAAAUCAAAAUCAAAAUCAAAAUCAAAAUCAAAAUCAAAAUCAAAAUCAAAAUCAAAAUCAAAAUCCGCGGAUCAGGAAAAGAAAGAGAAAGAGGAAGAAUAA